AUGGAAGACACUUUAACUGAACGAUCAAUCAGUGUCAAAUUUCGCUCUUCUAAUGGCGAUGCUUUCGAUAUGUGCUUUGAUCCUGGACAGUUGACUGUUCAACAACUAAAAGAGAGGCUUGUUACGCACAUCUCUAUACCUGCAGAUAAUAUGCGUCUUGUUUACUCCGGAAGGGUGUUGAAGGAUGAGGACAUGGUAGACCUAUACGGUGUAAAAGAAGGUCAUACAAUACAUGUUGUUCGGGGAGCAGCUAACCGUGCAGCUGAACAAGCAGCAAAUGUGACACCGACUACAACACCAACCCAAAGAAACGUUAAUGGAACGGCGACAAAUUCUUUCGGAAUUAAUCAUUUUGGAACCAGUUUCGAACAAGAUAUGAGAAAUAUGAUGAAUUCACCUGUAAUUAGGCAAUUGCUCUCUAAUCCAGAAAUCGUGAGGUCUAUGGUGAUGCAAAAUCCAACAAUGCGACAAAUGAUUGAGCGAAACCCCGAAAUUGGACACAUAAUUAAUGAUCCAUCCUUUAUCCGCCAGACAAUGGAUAUGGCACGUAAUCCUGAGUUAAUGAGAGAGAUGAUGCGUAAUAAUGAUCGAGCAUUGGCGAAUCUUGAAACUAUACCAGGUGGCUUUAACCAUUUACGGCGAAUGUACCAUACAUUACAAGAACCACUUGAGUCCGCAGGCCGACAUAAUGAUCAAUCAUCAGAGGCAGCAAAUCAACGCCUUGCUCAAUUGUUAAAUUACCUUCCAACAGAGGGGCGAAUAAAUAAUGUACCAUUGCCGAACCCAUGGACACUACGUAAUAGUGCUACUAUAGCGAAUGCUAGUAAUCCUUUUGGAUCACUUUCGGGAAUACCUCCUUACAGCGUCAUGGGUUUUCCACCUACUCAACUGUCUUUUCCACCGCCAUCAACCGUUUCCCGAAAUACAUCGACUCCACAAGCACAAACUCAAUCAUCAACUACAGGGACACCAAAUACAGGAACUUCAAUGACUAGUUCAUCAUCAACUGGUUUAUCUAACUCAGCAACGCCAUCCUCAAACGUGCCAGCGCCAAAUUUUAUGCUUCCUACAAAUGCACAGAAUAUUUCGAUGGCUAAUGAUCCAGAACUUAUUAGACGUUUUCAGCAACUUAUGCAACGUUAUAUGACAUCUCCACAACUUGUAACAUCGCGUCAACAGAUGCCCCAAUCAUAUUAUCCGUCUUUAUUUGGAUCACCUAAUCCAUUCUUCACGCAAUCACCUGGUACAACGCCAGGAUCUACUCAACCAUCUGAACCCCCCGAAACACGCUUCAGAACGCAACUUCAGACGCUUGAAGAAAUGGGAUUCGUUGAUCAAGCUGCAAAUAUCCGUGCUUUACUCGCUACUGGGGGCGAUGUCAAUUCUGCCAUUGAAUUUCUGUUGGCUCAUCGAAGUUGA